UGUCCGCCUGUUGGUGUUUCUCAGUUGGUGACGAGUGUUUUGGAGAUGGCCUCGACCCUGCCCGUCAAGUCCCGGAUAAGAUGACGCCUCGGGGCCGCCUAAGUCCGCUGAACCCCCCCGUGUCAGGCCGGAACCGCCAGAAAACCGUGAAGUAAAGCAGGAGGAAGGAGGCGCGCGGCGAGGAGCGCCUCGGUCCACUCCUUCCGUCCUCUCGUCGCUCGGCGGAGGAUCCACCAUGGAGGAUAUCAACUCCAACAUCAACGCGGACCUGGAGGUGCGGAAGCUCCAGGACUUGGUGAAAAAGCUGGAGCAGCAGAACGAGCAGCUCCGGAGCCGCUCCACGCUGCUGUCCUCCUCCGGAGCCCUGUCAGGGAGCCACCGGCCGCUCAGCGCCGGCUACGACGCCGCCGGGCUGGCCGGCUUCCCCGGGGUGGGGUUCGGCGGCUACGGGGAGGUGUUGGAGAACAGCCGCUGCCGGAGCCCCAGACUCUCCUACGACGGGAUCAGCUUCAGGAGGCCGUACGACGGCGAGGGGGCGACGGCCGCGGCGCCGAGCAGCGCGGCGGCGGAGGGGGCAGCCUCAGUCCUGGACGAGGUGGAGAUCCUGGACCUGGAGGAGAUGGACUGUCUCAACGAAGAGGAGGACAGCUGGUUAUACGAGGGUAAACUCAACAGUCCCCUUCAGAAAGCCUUGAGUCCCAUCGUUUGGUGUCGGCAGACUCUGGACAACCCCAGUCCUGAGAUGGAAUCAGCCAAGCGCUCACUCAUCCACAGACUAGACCUCACUUUGUCAGCCAAGCGCAGGAGUCUGAACGGCAGUCCCUUCCUCCAGCAGAGCUACGGAAGCCCAUACAGCACAAACGCAGCCAACAGUCCAUACAGCAGCGGCUUCAAUUCGCCCUCCUCCACCCCCAGCAGAGUGCCCAUCGUCAGACAGCAGCUGCUGCCCGGCACCACAGCUCAGCAGCGGAACGCGGCAGCAGACAGAAACCCUCCCCCCGUCAGCCCGCAGUCCUCGGUAGACAGCGAGCUGAGCACGUCUGAGAUGGAUGAGGACUCUGUGGGUUCAUCCAACACCUACAAGCUCAACGAUGUCACUGAUGUCCAGAUACUGGCGCGCAUGCAGGAGGAGAGUUUGAGGCAGGACUAUGCCGCCACCACAUCCAGGCGGAGCUCCGGCUCAUCCUGUCACUCUCUGCGCCGCAGCACCUUCAGCGAUCAGGAGCUAGAUGCCCACAGUCUGGAGGACGAGGAGGAGGCCCCACACCUGGCUUUUCCCCACUCCUCCACCCGAUUUAGCCCCUCCCCUCGCCACUCUCCUCGUGUCUCCCCGCGAAAUUCUCCCCGCUCGCGCUCCCCCGCUCGCUCCAUUGAAUUCAGCCGCAGCUCGCCGCAACCCGUCAUCAGCCGCCUGCAGCAGCCUCGCCACUCCCUGCAAGGCCACGGCCACGAGCUGCAGACCAACGUGGUUAAGAACGAAGAAAAGCUGCGCCGCAGUCUUCCCAACCUCUCACGCUCCUCUACGGCACCGGCUCACGCAGCAGAACCCGCCAAGAACAGCCGCAGCUGCGAGUCCAACCUGCAAGUGCCAAAUGGAGGCUCCCCCCAACACCAGAGACAGUCUGCCACUCAUCUCCAGAGGUUCUCCACUCCUUCACACUCGUCCCCGAAAACCAAACAGCAGCUCAAAAACCCGGCUUCCCUGCGAGUCCCACUCUCCUGUUGCUUUGGAGAAGAAGGGGAUUUCAUCCUUUCUCCCAGUAAGCUGAGAAGUCCCGCCACCUUAUCGCCGCUGGCUCUGAAGCAGCCGCUCAAAGCCACAUCCAUGCCCAACUCGGCCACCUCCACCCCCACCCGCUCCCUGGCAGCCCCGCGCAGCGGCCUGCCCAGACCCAGCGCUUCAACAGGAGGAGGAGGAGGAGGCCUCCCCGUGCCCCGGAGCAAGCUGGUCCAGCCUGUGAGGAGAUCUCUUCCUGCUCCUCGGACCUACGGCGGGACGGGGGACAACUGGAGAGAAGGCUGUUACUGAGCCUGACCAGCAGGGGGGGGUCUGCCGCCACACCAUCCCAACAUGGCACUUUACGUAUGCAGAAAACUUCUACAGUCCCAGAAACAUACAUGACAAUGCCAAAGAAGCCGGUCCACCCCCAACCUUCAACAGAGCAUGCUCAGUUCCACUGCGGCCGUCUGCGAGACCCCCCCUCAGGAUGUGUUCUGGGCGGGGAGGGGUCCCAUCAUCGCUUUGACGUCAUUUGUCGCAGUUUGUUCUCAGUAUUUCCACUUUUCUUCCUCUAAAGUGCAUUUGAAACCUCGACUGCGAGCUAACGCUCCAAAGCCUCUGUUUGCUUUUCAAAGUGUCAAAUCAAAAUGCCGGUGGUGGGGGGGGGGGCAGAGAGCACAGAUCAAAGUCCUCCGUGUCAGGAUAGUGGGGGUCUUCAACCAGUGCCUAUAGUUUCAGUGUUGACAUUCAUCUUUUGCCAGCCUUGCUUUCUUUACAUCCGGGUCUGUACUUUGAUACGGACCCGUUUGGUUUUGUAAUCGACACCUUUAGAAUUGCUUUCCAAUGCGCCUUUGUAUUUAUGGGAAAAAAGACUCAUGUUGUAAAUGAAACUAUUUAUUAAAGAGAGGUGCCUCUGUCAAAGCUCCCAUACGCAGGAAGUGGGGAUGAAUGUUGCAAAAAGACAAAGACCACACAUUUUGUGUGCAUGUUUUGUUAUUCCACUUUUUUUUAAACCACAAUCAUGUUUGGUUUCCCUGUGCAAAGCCACGUUUCAAAUAAAAAAAGAAAAGGAA